UUACAGUUGACACCUAGCCAUAUAUAAGAGCCGCAAACAAGAAACUCUUAAUCUGACACUGAACAGACAGACAGGCAGAAGGAGUCAAUACAAUGGCAGAGAGGAGCGCAGAGGUGAUAGUAUGUGGUGCGUCAAUCAUGAAGGAUGUGUGGGAGAUCAGACUGAAAGACUACAGACAGAAAGCCAGACUGGAGGACGAGAGGCUUCGGAGGAGCGCGCUGGAAAAAAUCAGUCAAGAUUGGCAGGCACGCAUGUCCUACAAGAUAAAAACGCCGAAGAGACUGGAGAGAAAAGCCAAACCUCUAGAAGAAUCAAGUCGUCAGACAUUCAAGGUGAAACAGAUGAAUCCGAGCAGGCCACAAGUAUUCCAGAGCAGCCGUGCACAGAGACAAGCUGACUCCACGAAAACAACAAAAGUUAACAAGCUGGCACUCUUACGCCGUCUAAACGAAAGCUGUCCGGGUUUAAUGGUGUGGGCAAAGUCCUGGAAGUUCUCACAGCCUUUAGAAGAAACCAAGGAGACGUGCUGUGGGUCAGACUGGGGAAAGUCGUGGAAGUUCCUCAACCUCCAGCCCAACAGUGACGGUAAACCCUGGUUUGAUCUCGGGUUUGACCACAAUAACAUUAUGAGCACUAAUGGCAUCUUGUUUCUGUGCGAGAGGCUUGGCAAGGCAUUAGACACCCACCACCUCCAUCAAGAAAUCUCUGAUCCAGAAUGGGAGAAAUCUUGGGUGUUCAAACAAAAGAGAGAAGAAGACAGAGCCAAUGAGAGCUGCCUCACAUGCAAGAAAUUCUACAACCUCUGGGAGUCACACCAUCCGGAUGAGUGGAAUAAUUCCUGGAAGUCCACCAAACCAUCAAAUGAUUUCAUUCAGCCCAUUAAUAAUGAGGAAAACCAAAAGAAUGAUGAAGGACAAUCUGAAUUACCCUGGAACUCCUCCUGGAUGUAUUUUAAAAGGCAUCUUCAUAUAAAGUCCAAAACAUCUGCUCAUUCAGGUUGGAGUCAAUCUUGGAGGGUUUCAAAAACCGCAACAGAACAGGUGAAGAAAUCCAUCUGUUCUCAAGCAAUAAUUCCAGAGGAGCCCUUGCAUUUCAACUUCUGCAACGUGAUAAUGAGUCUGUCUGGAGAGAUGAAGCACACAAUUCUGAGGAGUUCUUCACUUCAUGCAGGGCAUAUACAUUCACCUGAAUGGGAAAAAUCAUGGGUGACCGUAAAGAAUCAGUCAGAGUACAAAGAAGAGACAAACAAAGUGGAAAAUACAGAGAAGAAUCCAAUGGAGGAACCUAAAAAGGUGCCACCAAAAACAGAAUGUCAACGUGUCAAAUUUGAGGUUCUUGCUUCGCCCAAAAGACAAAAGUGUCAUGAGAUUUCUAAAUUACUAGAGCAACAUAAAAGAGACACACAUUGGAAAGAUUCUUGGAAGAUGCUCAAACAUCUGCGCAAGGUGCAGAGGGGUAUAAGGAACCAAAGGUGUCCGCCGCUACUGCUAUCUCCGACAUUACAAACAUCUGAAUGGGCUAAUUCAAGUAAGUUCACAAACCUAACACUUAACCAAGACAUCAAUUUAUGGCAGCAGGGUUGGUCCACUUAUAUCCAGCUCAGACUUAACAGAAGAGUGAGAGAACCUGAUGUGUUUAAUGAGAACGUCCCUUAUAAUGGACCACUAGGGGUCCAAGGAUGGAGUGAGUCUUGGAGGUCUACAAAACAUCAGCAACAUCUAGAAAGACAAAAUGCAGGUGCUUCCACGAGAUCUGUGAUGGACUGGCGACAAUCGUGGCAAUCGUCAUCCAACCUGCAUCGUCAUGAAAGACCCUCGAUGAUGGAGUGGAUGGGUUCUUGGCGGUUCUCCUCUGAUAAUUGGGGUGACCUCAGACCUAAAAACACAUCAGUGGAAAUGAAAGUUGGAAAUCAAGUCUACAAAACAUCACACAAAUGGACAUUAAGAGAAAGAUUUCCUUCUGAACGGUGGAACGACGCAUGGAGGAUUAAGAAAAGGUCUGAUGGUACAGGGUCUCUUGAUCUAUUCACGAGGGAAAUACUAGACUGGGAUCAUUCCUGGAUGUUCACCGGCGUGGAUUUAUAUCGAAGACGUGGUGAUGAUUAUUUCAAUGUUAAGAUCUCAUCCAGGAUGCCCAAAGCACUCCAAAUUGAGAGCGAAUCGGAAUGGGGCAGGUCAUGGAAGAUAUCGAACCCACAGCCACCAAGAAGCAUUGCUGUGUGGAUGCAUGCAAAGCCAAAGUCAUUCACCGCACAAGAUGUGCUCCACCGGACAAGAGCCAAACACAACAUCUUACUUUCUGCUCUUCCCGGCAAACUGAAAAUCUGGGGGACGUCCUGGAGGUUUACAAAGAGCAACCAAGGCUUCAAUUCACCUGCAGAUAAAUCUCCGAUAAACACCACAACAAAGAUAAGAAAGCACAAGUACACUAACAUAGAUAAACAUAAGCCACAGCAGAAGAGAUGGAACGACGCAUGCAAAUUAUCAAAGACCCAACUGCGUUCAAAGCGUGAUGCAAGGCACAAAUCUGGCAAGGACGAAUGUGAAGAUGGUCAAGGAAUGUUUGCGGAAUGGAUUGAAUCUUGGAGAUUCUCAAAGAGCCUUGCAGACAUGUCUGUAUCUCUGAGUGACUGGAAGAACUCCUGGAAGUUCUUACUAGAUCCUUAUGUACCAUUAAAUGGCCCACAAACUAUCAAGGGUCAUUAAGGAGUUUUUGGGGCACUCAGGAUUCCAGAGAUCUUGUAAAUGCACAAAAUGUUCAAGAAAUAAAAUUGCGUGGCUAGUGUAGACGUCUGCAUUAUGCAAAACCUUAUCAAAGAACUAUUGUUGACAAAAUGACAGUAACAAACCAUCUGUUGUGUUUAUCAUAAGCGCAAGCAAAGAUCUAUGGUUUAACAUCUGUUUAACACGGGUCUCUGCCCCAUCAGAAAUGCUCAUUUAAAAAUUCUCAGCAACCUUUCCGUCUUUCUACGACAGACAUCGACUGAGUGAUCUCCGCUGUGCACAUAUUGUAUUACAUGCUGUGCUCUUCUUCCAUUGUAGUUCAAACAAAAAUGAAACACAUAAAUUAAAGGUCA